AUGACCACAGCAACGGCCGCCCCUGGUGCAGUUUCGCAAAGCUCUCCUUCCGCCGCGCCGCAACGGGACAUCGCAACGUCCACAUCCCUAUCGACCGACGAAGAUGUCUACUCUCGCGGCAACGGAACCUCUGUUCCUGAGCCUAUCCAAGUCGUCCCUCCACCGUGGACCCUGAUCGGCGAUGUCUAUUGCAUCUCCUUUUGGACCUCGGCAGCCGCCGCAGAGAAGCUUCCGGGGCAUGCUUACUCGCCGCUCGAAGCUGGAACCGACUUUGCUGAUCCCAGGGGCGGCAAGCCUGUCGGUGGCCUCGGCAUGAUCCAGAUCAUCCGUUUCCGAGAAUCGCCAGUCGGUCCCUACGACGAGAUGUUGAUCGUCCCUGGUUCCUUCGAUUGGUCCCGAGACGGCCCGGAAGGCCAUCCGGUGGUGGGGCGCAACCCGCGAAUCACUCGCGUCUACGUUUCUCAAAAGCACACUUGCUACAACGGCAGGAUACAUUGGAACUGCCCGAAGCACCUCGCCAGAUUUGACUGGGACACGGGACCGAACGAUUCAGUCAGGGUGAAGGUAUACCCUCAUGACACUGCCGGAGAUUUGACCGAGUCAGCGCCCAGCACAGCGCCCUUCUUUCAGACCAGUUUCACCCCCAUGUCCUACCUUCCACCCUUUCCUUUCGCCACCAGAUGGGCCAAUUAUCUCGGCUUCCAAACAACCCUCACCAUGCCGCCCCUACCUCCAGGCCAGGGCAGUCAGGGUGAGCUUCCCGGCACGGACCGAUGGUGCACCGUGGUGCCGAAGCAGUACAGCCCCCAAACACGAACUGGAUGGUUCGACAUGUCGAUGCGUGACGCGGACGAAAAGCUCAUGGGAGAAUACGAGAACUUCUGGCCCGGCCUUGGUCGUUGGCAACUUGGCGUAAAAAUGGAGAAUGCGAGGCUGAGAUUUGAUGAUCCCCUAGAGACUUGGCAGGCAAAGGCAAGGGCUCGUUUGUAA